AUGGCAUUGCUCAAAAUCUUCUUCCUCCCUGUCUGUUUCAUAACGUUAUCCCUUCUUGUCCCGUCUCACGCCCAAAACUCCAACCAAGACUACGUGAUUGCCCACAACACACCCCGCGGCCAAGUGGGCGUAGGGGUCGUAACAUGGAACACAACACUCGCAACCUACGCUCAAAACUACGCCAAUCAAAGAAAGGGAGACUGCAAUCUUGUCCACUCCUAUGGUCCUUACGGCGAAAACCUGGCUAAGGGGAGUGCCUCCUCCUUCACAGGCACCGCUGCGGUUAACUUGUGGGUUGCGGAGAAGCAGUACUACAAUUAUAAUUCCAACACGUGUGCUACUGGACAGCAGCGUGGGCAUUACACGCAGGUUGUCUGGAGGAAUUCUGUCCGCAUUGGAUGUGCUAGGGUUCAGUGCAAUAACGGCUGGUAUUUUGUUAUUUGUAGCUAUGAUCCUCCUGGUAACUGGGAGGGGGAAUGGCCAUACUAG